AGCGCUAGAACACCAAUUACAAACCACAGGCUUCCUCCUCUAGGGAGUUCAUCCAGAAAUGUCUUUCUUGAAGGGAAGCACUUGAAUCCUUCUGAACUUUCCAAGUCCAUCCAUGAUUCAGAGAUAUUGCCUUCUCCCUCUGGGAUUUUCUGUGUUCCUGGUAGUGAAUUGUUGCUGAUGUGUUUGCUACUUUGCUUCUUUUCUCUUUCAGGAUUUGAUCAUUUUAUAUGUUGUUCGGGGAGAAAAAGAACUUUUGUUAGAGGAGAUUUCAGAAAUGAUUUUGGAUCCUCUAUAAAUGUUUUUAGAGUUCUUGGGGACACUAGCUCUCAUCCUGGAAUAAAUUUCUGCCUUUGACCUGCAUGGAUUAUUUUUUCAGGCUGUGGAAUUUCUCGGCACCUACCUGCAGUGUGGGGCACUUGGUUUGGUUGCAGAGUAAGAAGGUGGAAGAAUGAGCUGUACUUGGUUAAGCAGUUAAAUUUUUUUUGAGCAGGAUCUAUAAAAGCAUAAUUGAAUUUGUUUCACCCCCGUGGAUUCCUGUGGGCCGGACAGCACAACAGGUUUGCAGAUUUCUUUUGAAAUUCUUUUUCUUUUUUUCUCUGCCUCAGCAAAAGAAAAGGAUCUAUAUAUAACAGGUUCAUGUUCAAUUGCUUGGCUUUUCAGCUCUUAUUCUGGAGACUUUGUAAGAUUUUUUAACCUGAUCUCUGAAUCUGCUGGGCUUUGUGGAGGAAGUGCAUUUAUAUUUACUUAGGAGUGCACAUUUUAAAAUCUUAAUACAAAUACCCGAAUGUGCCUAAAAAUAGCCCAGAUCUACUCUACUUGGGCUUAUUUUUACUUUUUCAGGGUGUUUGACUCAGAGCCUGUGAUUAAUCACUCCCCCUAUCUGUUAUUCCCUACCCCCUCAAGAAAUUUGAAAACGUGUUAGGAAUAAUCUUUUGUCUUUCUUAUAAACCUAGAAAAUUACAGAUUAUAAGAUCUGGAAAUUAAAGUAGUUUCUAAAAGCAUCUCAUGGGAAAUCAAAGUUUUGGCAUUCUCGAGCGGUAUAAAAGCUGGACUCCGUUAAGAGAGAAAGGGAAAUGGAGAUAGAGAUAUGAAUUUUAACUGGAAAAAAUAAUUGCGGAGCUAACCUUUUCAAAUGUUCUUCUAAUUAAUAAAGCUGGAAAAAGUUGUAAUGCUUAGGAUUAUCGUGUAAAAUGUGAAGAUAUAUAAAUUAGACACCUAAUUCAUAGCCAGAUUUUGGUAGAACACAAAAAAUAGUUUAUGUCCAAGUUUAUGAAAAGUUUAUAAAGUCAGUGGGCUUAGAACUUUGGCUGUACUGAAAUAUAGUUUAAUGUGGAAAUGUUUUUCUGAAUACCUGUUAUAGCAUCUUUGGACAACCCUCAAGGUGUGGCCUGAAAUUUUGUUUAUUAAUGUUCCCUUUCUUCCCCCCAUUAAAACAAAUUCUUGAGAUCUUUAGUCAUUUACCAUUGGCAAAGUUUGUGGCUCAGAAACGGCCACCUCUACAUUUUCUGAGCUGAGAUUUUUCACUUCCAAUUUGGAUGCAUGGCCUUAGCAGUUUUCUUUGCCUUGUUUUGUUCAUGAACAUUGGGUUCAGUGCUUCAGCAACUUGAUGCAUAUGGAAGACCAACACCAAGUGACUUGGUAUAAUUAAAAUUCACAAUGUGAGAUUCAGCCUCAAGCAAAGUUGGAAAUUCCAAAGAGAAGUGGUGAGAUCUUUACUAAUCAGAGUGAAGAUGGGAGAAAAUGGCCUACCUGCAGCAGAAGUGGGCUGAAAACACCCUUCUCUGCCCCAAUAAGUAUGCCACCUGCUCUUGGGAAUAUACUUUAAAGAAAGGAAAGGUCAAAAACACGACUUGGCUUUCUGAAACUGAAGCAUAAAUUCUCUUUUCCUCCAUUUGUCUGGAUCUGGGAACCUGCAUUUGAUACUAGCUACUGGAAGCAGUAUGCAUGGCCGAAGUGCAUCGCUGCAGCUGGUAGCAUGAGUGGUGGCCACCAGCUGCAGCUGGCUGCCCUCUGGCCCUGGCUGCUGAUGGCUACCCUGCAGGCAGGCUUUGGACGCACAGGACUGGUACUGGCAGCAACAGUGGAGUCUGAAAGAUCAGCAGAGCAGAAAGCUAUUAUCAGAGUGAUCCCCUUGAAAAUGGACCCCACGGGAAAACUGAAUCUCACUUUGGAAGGUGUGUUUGCUGGUGUUGCUGAAAUAACUCCAGCAGAAGGAAAAUUAAUGCAGUCCCACCCCCUGUACCUGUGCAAUGCCAGUGAUGAUGACAACCUGGAGCCCGGCUUCAUCAGCAUCGUCAAGCUGGAGAGUCCCCGACGGGCCCCCCGCCCCUGUCUGUCACUGGCCAGCAAGGCCCAGAUGGCAGGGGAGCGAGGAGCCAGUGCUGUCCUUUUUGACAUCACUGAGGAUCGAGCUGCUGCUGAGCAGCUGCAGCAGCCCCUGGGAUUGACUUGGCCAGUGGUGUUGAUCUGGGGCAACGAUGCUGAGAAGCUGAUGGAAUUUGUGUACAAGAACCGAAAGGCCCAUGUGAGGAUCGAGCUGAAGGAGCCCCCAGCCUGGCCAGAUUAUGAUGUGUGGAUCCUCCUGACGGUUGUGGGCACCAUCUUUGUGGUCAUCCUGGCUUCGGUGCUGCGCAUCCGGUGCCGCCCCCGCCCUAGCAGGCCGGAUCCCCUUCAGCAGCGAACAGCCUGGGCCAUCAGCCAGCUGGCCACCAGGAGGUACCGGGCCAGCUGCAGGAGGGCCCAUUCCGAGUGGCCAGACUCAGGUAGCAGCUGCAGCUCAGCUCCUGUGUGUGCCAUCUGCCUAGAGGAGUUCUCUGAGGGGCAGGAACUACGGGUCAUUUCCUGCCUCCAUGAAUUCCACCGCACCUGUGUGGACCCCUGGCUCCAUCAGCAUCGGACUUGCCCCCUCUGCAUGUUCAACAUCAUAGGGGGAGAUUCAUUUUCCCAGUCCCUGGGACCCUCUCGACCUUACCAGGAACCAGGCCAGAGACUCCACCUCAUUCGCCAACACCCUGGCCAUGCCCACUACCACCUCCCUGCUGCCUACCUACUGGGCUCUUCCAGGAGUUCAGUGGCUCGACCCCCACGGCCUGGUCCCUUCCUACCCUCCCGGGAGCCAGACAUGGGCCCUCAGCACCACCGCCUCCCCAGGGCUGCACAUCCCUGGCCUGCAGGGGAGCAGCAGCACCUGGCAGUGGCCCAGCAUCCUUUUGUACAGGGCUGGGGACUGAACCGCCUCAGAUGUACCUUGCAGCACCCAGCUGCUUGCCCAGUGUCCACGCGUCGGACCAGGCCUCAUGACAGCAGUGGGUCUGGGGAAAGCUACCGCACAGAACGCAGCGGCUACCUGGCAGAUGGGCCAGCCAGUGACUCCAGCUCUGGGCCCUGUCACGGCUCUUCCAGUGACUCAGUAGUCAACUGCACAGACAUCAGCCUACAGGGCAUCCAUGGCAGCAGCUCAACGUUCCACAGCUCCCUGAGCAGUGACUUUGACCCCUUCAUUUACUGCAGCUCCAACAGGGGGGAGCUCCAGAGGGAGGAGACACCGCCUAGCAUGACCUCUCGGCCCCGUUCCUUGGACUCAGUGGUGCCCAAAGGGGAAACCCACGUCUCCAGCCAUGUCCACUACCACCGCCACCGGCACCACCAUUAUAAAAAGCGGUUCCAGUGGCACGGCAGGAAGACUGGCUUAGAAACUAGGGCUCCCCAGUCCAGGCCUGGUGUUUCUCGGACACAGCCACAGCCAGAGGUGCCCUCUCCUGAUCAGCAAGCCACCAGAUCCAACCCACCUGCUCCUUCAGGGCAGCUCCUCAACCCACAAUGGCCCAGGGUCCUCACAGAGCCAGCCAAUGGCCCAGCUGAAGCCUCCACCCCCCACCCCAGUCCCAGUAAUCUUUUCAGCCUGCAGAAAUCCAGCCUUCCUGCCCGACACCACAGGAAACGGCGGGGGGGUCCCUCAGAGCCCACCCCAGCCUCUCGGCUCCAGGACUUGCCUGUGCAUCCUGCUUACCAGGUUUUUCCUCACUAUGGCCCUAGCAUGGCAUUUCCUUGGUCCCCAGAAGCCCACCCAUUGAUCUUUGGGCCUCCAGGCUUGGACAGGAGGCUGCUACCCGAAACCCCAGACUCCUGUUACUCAAGUUCACAGCCAGUGUGGUUAUGUCUGACUCCACGCCGGCCCCUGGGACCACAUCCACCUGAGGAGGGGCCUUUAGAACUGAGUCCUGGCACCCCAGAGGGCAGGCCAUGCCCUUACCCACACUGCCAGGUGCUGCCAACCCAGCCUGGGUCAGAGGAGGAGCUCGAAGAGCUGUGUGAACAGGCCGUGUGAGAUGUUCAGGCCUACCUCCAACCAAGAGUGUACUCUGGAUAACUUGGAGCCCCAACUGGCACACAGUCCUGCUCCUGGGAGAAGGAAGGACCUCAACAAACAUCUCUGUUUUUGCCAUACUUCCUGAAACCACUGGAAGAGGAGUGGUGAUGGUGGGUGGCAGGAGGUGCUGUUUCCUGCUCCUAGCUAUGGGGUGAUGUUUUCCCCACCUUGUCUGUAGAACACAUCUGCAAUGCAACAAAUCAGUGUCCAGCCGGGCAACCAGCUACUGCCUGUGUGUAUGUGUGGGCUGGCUCCCUUGAAGGUUACGAUUUUUGAGGGCAGGAACCUAUAGAUAGGUAGCUAGGGUGUUACCAAGGUGCUGCUUCUACCCUGAGCCCCACUAGGGCUCGUGUUCAUACUGGGCAAUGGGGUCAGCUGAAUGAAUGACCCUUUUUCACCUCCUUCCUUCCUUGAACCCUGUACACCAGCUCUGGCCCUCCCUGUAAGGCUGCUGCUGGGGGAGCUACAUCAGGGACAACCCCAGCACUAUUGUUUUCCUUUUUUGCAAAAGGAUCUGGAACACAGGUGAUCCCUGAGCCCUGAAAAAGGGGGUUUCCUGCAGGCUUCUCCAGGCAGUGCCUCCCCUGGUACAUAAGGGAGAAUGUUUCUCCCUUUUGUCCUUAAACUGUCAGAUCCAGUCUAUUAAGUCAGAGGAAAGGCUCUGGGAAGCCAGGGUGUGGGUUUCUGUUCCUAAGGCAAGUACAGCAUCUGGAAGAACCUGUGAUGAAGCCUCUGAUGUUCAAACUCUCUUGUCAUCCCAGAAGCCCCAGUUCUUCUCAGGGCUGGGGAUGGGGUGGGAAGAGUAUGACUCUUCUUUGGAGAUAUCCUGGCUCAACGUCCCAAAGCAGGCAGAAGGGAGAGAAUUUCUGCUAGACUUCAUCUGGAAAGAGGGAGGAUGGAAUGAAGGUAGAAAAGGCAGAAUUAUAGUUGAGUAGGAAAGUCAACAAGGAAUGUUUUCUCUUGGAGCAGGGAUGGGGAACAAGGGAGAACAAAGGAAAAGCAAAGUGUGACCCUUGGAUUUGGAGGGCCCAGAGGCCCAGCUCCCCAUUGUAAGCCAAACAGGGAAGGGAGCCAUAGGAAAGGUAUGCAUGUGGGAGUACAGCUGGAACAGGAGUCUGGCCUGGGCAGCUGGUACCUGAGUGGGCAAGGGCUACGGGGCCUCCUUAAGAUGGCAUAGCCCCAGCGUGGCCUGACCAAUGCUGGCCCCUCAUGCAUUAUCCCAUUUGGAAUGUGAAUGUGGGGGCAAAGUGGGCACAGGGCCCCCACCUGGGAAUCUUCCCUCAAAGUCAGUGGGGGGACUAGCACCUAGGCACCCACAUGGGUAUUUAUAUCUGAACCAGACAGAAAGACGCUUGAAUCAGGCACUAUGUCAAGAAAUGUAUUUAUUUGCUAAUAUAUUUAUCCACAAAUACAGUCUGGUCUUGUGGUUUCAUUCUGUUAACUACCGUCA